UGGGUUGCCAUGUUUGGGUUGACGUCAUCAGGAGGCGUAUUCGUGCGUGACGCAGACGAACUGCGACGGGAAAGCAGAGCGAGAAAUAAUGGCAGUAUCGCAGCCGAAGCAAGAGAAAGAGGGAGAAGAAUGCUCUCUGCUGCCUUUGGUCCACGAUAUCAUCAAAUGCAUGGACAAGGAAAGUCCGGACGUGCACCAAGAGCUGGGUAAGCUGAAGGCGAAGAUCCAGGAAGCCCGUGAGCAGAUCUCCGCCAUGCCCGGCAUCGAGAGCAGCCCCGUGGAGCAGCAGCAGCAGCUGGCGACGCUCCGGGAGCAGGUCCGCACCAAGAACCAGCUGCUCCAGAAAUACAAAAGCUUGUGCAUGUUCGACGUCCCCAAGGCGUCGUGAAUAAAAGAACCACGAACGAACGAUUACCACGCUGACUGGUAGGAGCGCAUUGAAAAUGACCAAUGCUGCUUCAGAGCCGGCUGAUGAGCCGAUCGUCGGAAUCGCCUGCAGAGCUGGAAAACGGGCAGGAAGGUGGCCACCGCAGGCCCGGAGCUGGACAUGCCUGGCUUACUCCAUUAUUUUGUCGGGCGAUAUACUUCCAAAGUUGUUCUUUUUUGGGGGGAGGUGGGGUGUUAUGUUGCAAUCUUUUCUAAUAAAUCACCACAAUGGUAUUAUUCUU